UUGUAAUCAGUAAUAACCUCUUACCCCUCCUACCUGUCAAAUGGCAAUAGUUUUGAAAUCAAAAGAAAUCCCGCUCCCAGAAGUUGUGUAAAAUGUUUAUGUAAUUGUAAUUGUGGUUCAAGAAAGUAGUUUACGAAAACUGUUCUGAAAAUGGAGCGGCUGCCAAUGGAAAUAUUGGAAUUGAUUUUAACAAACCCUAUUUUGAGUAUUAGGGAUGUUAUAAAUUUUUCUUCAACUUGUCAUUAUUACAGAGGCAUAAAACUCAAUAACACCCUCUGGAAACAGAAAUUUAAAAAUGAGUGGCCAGAAAUAUCAGAUAUAUUCGGGAGUAAUUUGAUGGAUUACUACGAAGAAAUAAUUUAUGUUUAUAACAUUUUCAAAUGUAUCGAAAAGAAAUUGGAGUUGAUGCCUAGUAGAUUUUGUAAAAAAUAUGAAAUAUCUGAAUGUGAAUUGAAGGAAUGGACAGUACUUGUGAAUGAAAAACGCGAAAAUUACUGGUAUCUUGUGACAUAUUUAAUGAGAAUUGUUAAUUGUACAGACAAAAUAAAUAGUUCAGAUGUGGUACCCUUGAACACUCCAGGUAACAAGACUCAACAAUACUAUGCUAGUAAAGUUUUGAGGCAUAUAAGGCAAGUGUAUUUAUCGAAAGAGUGGGCCAUAUUUAAAUCUUUACCUCAGAAAGAGCAACUCUUAGAGAAUUGUGCCAUAUUUGUUGCUCAGUGGUGUCAACCACAUAUUGAAAUAUCUCAUAAAAUUAUAUCAGCUAAACUUGACAAAAUUGCUAAUGCUGUUAAAAGAAAGUUAAAAAUUUCAUAUCCAAAUCAUCGAAUUUUUGAUGCUCCACAAGAAAUAUUAGAUAAGUGGAAAAAAUCAAAUUUGGUAUCCCAUCAAUGGACUACAAUAGAGUGUAGACAAAUUAUGCAAUCAUUGAAAGAGGUAUUAUUUGAUGAUAUGAGAUUUAAAGGAAACAAUAUUGCUUACUACAUGCCACAGAAUUCUUAUAUCAAUGAGGUGCUGGACUUCAGACAAGGAUUGCCGAUCACUCUGGCCAUUAUAUUCGAAGCAGUGGCUAGGAGGCUUGGUCUAUUAUGCCAGCCAAUAAACUUUCCCUCUCAUUUUCUACUAAGAUAUUCUGAAAAUGGACAGGAUUGGUAUUAUAUAGAUGUUUACAAUGGUGGCAAUAUUAUCAGAAAACCUAUAGCAGAAUUUACAGAGUUAGUGGCUUCUCCUGUAGAAGUGGUUCAAAGAAUGGCCAAUAAUUUAGAAGUAUCUGCGAGGCAGCAUACUCAAGUCAACCGAAGAGUUACAAGACUGAGAUCAAGCUUGGAAUUAAUCAAAUUAGUUAGCCCGCAGGAUAUAUCAUCAUUGGUCAGUCUUGCUAGAUUAUAUAUGCUUCAUAGUAUGGAUACUCGUUCUUUGGAGACUUUUCUUCUAAACCAUGGAUUUCAGGUACCAGAACAAGCGCAGAGGGUGGUACACAUGCUAAGAAAUUAUGAAUCCCACCCAUCUCGCUCAAGGAAUGAUCUAACAGGACCUACAGAACCUGUUGAGCGGACUCCAGAUUUGAAAUUUGCUGUAGGCAUGAUUAUGACUCACUUAGCUUUAGAUUACAAAUGUGUUAUUUAUGACUGGGAUAAAGAAUGCAAAGCAUCAGUAGAUUGGCAGGAGCAGAUGCAUGUUGAUUUGCUCUGUUAUGGUAAUAAGCAGCCCUUCUAUAAUGUUCUAGUGGAAGAUGGGUCACAUAGGUAUGUAGCCCAAGAGAAUUUACAGCCAACUUAUGUAACUGGCUUCUUGUAUUUGAAUGAAGACGUUGGCAAAUAUUUCUCCCACCACAACAGGACUCAUUAUGUGCCAAAUGCUAAUAAAGAGCAAGAGUAUCCCUAUGAUAAAGAGGUCAGAUUAAGUUAUCAUGAAGGGUUUUUGAAUUUACAGAUGGAAACACAUGAUUGACGAAAUAUCAAUUAAGAACUACAAUUGUCAAUAAGUAUAUUUAAACAGUAAUUUCUCUGAGCGAAAGAAAAUAUUCAUUAGUAUUUCUGAUAUAUGGCAAGCAAUAGUUUCAAAAUGAAUUCAACUAUACUAUGUUUACUAUUCUGAUUGUUCCAUACUAUGUUUUUACAAUAUAAUUUGGAAGAAAUGAGAAUGCCAAUGCUGUUGAUAUUAAUUUUAUGGAACUUUUUUCCUCCAGAAAAAUUGAGGAAUAAUGUCAAUUUUAUUAAAAAUAACUUCUGUUUGAACAGCAAAUUAAAAUUUUAUAGAUAUAACAUCAACAAUAAAAUGGUGAUCAUAAAAUGUUUACUACUGUGCCGUGAUAUUCAAUAUUAAUAUAUAUUUUUUCAAGAAAUUCAGUACGUAACUGUUAAUUUUUGGAAGUGAUAUAUAUGUAAAUCUCGAAUCUGAAAGUGUUAGAUUAUAUUAGAAUUAUUAUUAUUCAGAACUAUAAAUUAGUUUACAAUGUUAGUUAGUGUCAAUAGGAAUUCCUUGUAUAAAUCUUAUUUUUAUUUCACAUAGUUUCUUUAAAUUUAUGAUUAGGUUCUACUGAAUAUUGAUAUUGUCUAUUGAAUGAGUUGAAAAACAUACAUGUACAUAAAACAAAGGCAGAUUGUCCUAUUGCAGAUUCAUGUUGUGUCAGAAACAUGUAUAAUUGGUUGUAAAAUCUACACUGAAUAUUAUUUGAAAAAGGCUAUAUUGGCAUAUAUAUCAUUUCAUGAUUUUGUUUUCACUAUAUUUGAGAUUUUAUUUUGAUUUAGAUAAGUUAAUUGUUGAUUUCUUUAAAAUUUCUAUAAAUGAGAAAGUUAUAAGACGAUAAGAAUGAUAUAUGAUAUGAUUUUUAAGAAUUUUGUUGGGUGAUAUUUUAAUAAAAUAGUUUUAUCUUA